UCAUUCCUAUGCAGAAUGAACGGAAGUUCCGAUGACAGACCGGAAAUGUGCACCAAUGUUUUUAUUCCUACCGCCCUUGUGCGAAGCUAGUUAGCAUAUUCUUUUCUCAUUUCCAGCAACAUUCAUGAUACCGUUUUUGUUGCUGUGAAGGCUUGGGUAAAGAUGGAUGCAUUGGAUCACAUGUUAACAGACCCACUGGAGUCUGGAAUGGACCAGGAUGGACGUGUGAUGGAAGAGUGCAUGUUAGGAAACUGUAGAGUUCGGGUUCCUGAAGAUUUGCUGGAGGACCCAGAGAUAUUCUUCUCAGUGUUGAGUGAUAGCACAUGGACAGAUGUGCUCACAGAUGCUCAACGGACUCAUCUACGUCAACUCCUGCCUCAUUUCUCCGAAAAUAACAUCUCAGAACAGAACAACAUCAUCGGCGACCUUUUCAACAACCAGAAUUUCUUCUUCGGAAACCCCUUGCACAUUGCCCAGAAGCUGUUCAGAGAUGGCUACUUUAACCCAGAGGUGGUCAAAUACAGACAACUUUGUGCUAAAUCGCAGAAAAAAAGGCACAUCUACUCUCUUCAGCAGUACUACCACAAAUUGCUCAAGCAGAUACUGGUUUCUAGAAAGGAGUUGCUGGAUUUGGCGGUCCGCAGUGGACCUGAGCUUGCGGUAAAACGGCGGUACCCUGUCCCAUCUCACAAGGAGAUGCUGGAGAAGAGGGUGAGACGUCGAGUGGGUCACAUACUGAAGGAUGUGAAAACUGAGUGUGGGGACAGUAAUGUGUCAUCCGAUGAAGAUGAUACACCUUCUUGGCUGCCUGUUCCUCAGUCGCCCUCCUCCCCAACUCCAACUGUCUCUCUUAGGGUGCUACCCAGCCUUUCUACUCAGGACAUGAAAACCAGAGACAAGCCUGAGCUGGGUGAGAAGGAGCUAAGAGCCAUGCUGCACAGACACAGAGAGAAAAGAAAACGGCAGCCAGACCACCCUGACCUGAUGACCUCUGACCUCCAUCUCGGGGAUAUCAUGUCAAGAGUCAACAUCGGCAAAAAGGGAUCUGCCACAAAUGUUUUUGACCUGGCUUUACCUAAGAAAAAGAUAAAAGAGGAGAGGAAGAAGAAAAAGAUGCGGCCUAUAAAACUGGAAUCGGAGGAGGUCUGCGAUGUUCAGAUGUCUACAGCGUCUGUAAACGCAGGUCUUGCUGAUGUCCCCACUGCUCCUCCACAAAGCGUUAAAGAAGAGCCCAUAGACGAGUCCCAGACGAGCCCUGACACAGUAGAAGAGAUAGCUAUGAGCUUUUUUCAUUUGCUUGAGGACAUCCUCAGACUGGAAAGUCUAGCAACAUCCUCAACGCUGGAGGAAAAGGUCCAACAGUGGCAGUCAUCUCCUGCCAGCACACUCAACCCCUGGUUCUCUAUGGCCCCCUGCUGGUCAGAGUUGGUAGUUUCUGCUCUACAGUUUCUCGCUGGAGAGAGCAAAGCUGGUGUAAUGGCUCUUCCUACUGGCUUUGUACCUUUUGUGGAGUUCAAGGAACUUUCCCAGCAAUGGAAAUGGAUGGGUCCUGGUCAAGAAGCAGACAAAGACCUAAGUGCCCUGUGUCAGUUAUGGCUGGAAUCAAAGGAUCAUGUGAUUGUCAAGCAAGAGGGAGAGGAAACUGCAGAGCUCACGCCUCCAACACCCAGAGUGUGGACUGACUAUGUGGUGAGGCCUAGUACGGGAGAGGAAAGGCAUGUUUUUCAAGAGCAGGAGCAGCAGCGUUAUGAUCAGCCUCAUAAAGCCUUCACUUACCGAAUGCAUGGCUUUGAGUCUGUGGUGGGACCAGUCAAGGGAGUUUUUGACAAGGAGACAUCGCUCAAUAAAGCACGAGAGCAUUCUUUACUGCGCUCUGACAGACCAGCCUAUGUCACAAUACUAUCUCUUGUGCGAGAUGCUGCUGCCAGGCUUCCUAACGGAGAAGGUACUAGAGCAGAGAUUUGCGAGUUACUCAAGGACUCCCAGUUCUUGGCCCCUGAUGUCACCAGCGCUCAGGUGAACACAGUGGUGAGCGGUGCCCUUGACCGCCUGCACUAUGAGAAAGACCCUUGUGUGAAAUACGACAUCGGUCGCAAGCUGUGGAUCUACCUCCACAGGGACCGGAGCCAGGAGGAGUUUGAGCGAAUACAUCAGGCCCAGGCUGCAGCUGCCAAAGCUAAGAAAGCUCUGCAGCAGAAGCCCAAACCAGCUCCCAAACCUAAGGCGGGUGGUAAGGAGCCAGGAAGUAAAAACGGUGCUGCAGAGGCUGGUCCGAACUCAGGGAGUGACGGAGUAGCCAUCGCAGCUGCCAGUUUGUCUCAGCCUCCCUCCACCCCCACACCAAGCACCCCAGGAACCCCUAAAUCACCCCUCCCUCCCACAGCAGCUACUCCAACCAAAAUAGGUGUCCCAGAAACCGUCAAAACCAAUCCCAGUGUACUGUUGGUGUCUCCUCCUUCGAUGCCACAGUUAGGAACGUUGCUAUCUGCCAGUCAGCCUGGCCCACAGGUUUCCCAGCAGGCCUCUCCGCAGCCUGCAACUCGGGUGGUGGCACACUCUGCUGCCACUGGUUCUCUACCUCAGGUGCGAGUGGUCACUGCUCAGCCCGGGCUUCAGACGUCUUCUGCGGGCCAGACGGCCACAUUAGUGCAUCAGAGCCCUCACCACAUCCGGGUGCCGGUCACUGUGGCCCAUGGAAAAAACAUCACGCAGGCGGUGGUGACUCUACCUCUAAGAGGCCAGUCUGCAGGAAGUCCCAUUCAGGUGCAGGCAUCACGGAGUCAGGCCGGUCUUACUGUUCCAGGUCUUGCCUCUGCGGUCACAGUAACCAAACCUCAGACGAGCUCCCCUGCCAGCCCGGCACACAACCCAACAUCACCUGCGGUAUUGCAGGGUGUCAGCAGCCAGAAUAUAAUCAAACAGGUUGCAAUCACUGGUCAGUUAGGUGUAAAGACCCAGAGUGGGGCAGGGAUCCCUCUCACUGCCACUAACCUCCGAAUUCAGGGGAAGGAUGUGCUCCGCUUGCCCCCCUCUUCUAUUACGACCGACGCCAAAGGUCAGACGGUACUUCGCAUCACUCCGGACAUGAUGGCCACCCUCACUAAAUCUCCAGUGGCCACUGUCAAACUCACUCCAGACAUGCUGAGCGGCGCCGCAAGCGCGGGCAGUAAGAGCAUCUCUGCUACACUACAUGUGUCUCCACCACAGCCCUCACCUCCUGCUUCGAGCAGUGCUGCAUCCGCGGCAGCUGAGAACCUAGCUGCCAAAGCACCGGCUACCUUAGUGAAGGUUCACCCGGAGCUGAAAGCCGCCUGCGACACGGCCAUCCGCCUCAUGCCCGCCCUGGGUGUCACGAUGGCUGACCCCAAGGCCCGCACCUUCUCCACUGUCACCUCGUCCGACUCUAAAGCAGGCACCACUAUUCGAAUUGUGCCAAACCUGGGUGUGAUCCCUCAGAAAACAGGUCAGACUGUCUCAAUCAGUACAACCACCACAAGUUCAAAGCCUGUCACGGUGUCAUCAGGGGCGGCCACUGUGACCAUAGCCACCAGUGGAGUGGGAGGGGCUAAAGGUGUGACGCUGGGGCCUGCAGGAACGGGCUCUACGCUUUCACUGAGCACUGCUGGGGCCACUGUCAGACAGGUGCCGGUCAGUGCUACUGUAGUAGCCACACAAGCAGGAAAACUUCCCACAAGGAUCACGGUGCCUCUAUCUGUCCUCAGCCAACCCUUGAAAAAUAAGAGCGUGGUCACUACUCCCAUACUUAAAGGGAACAUAAGCACCAAUAUCAGCAAUCUGGGAAGGAAUAUUAUCCUAACUACCAUGCCGGCAGGCACCAAGUUGAUUGCUGGGAACAAGCCCGUCAGCUUUGUCACUGCUCAACAGCUGCAGCAGCUACAGCAGCAGGGACAGGCCACACAGGUUCGAAUCCAGACAGUACCGGCCCAGCAGCUACAGCGCACAGCCGCCGGCUCUCCGAAGUCCACGGUGUCCACGGUAGUGGUCUCUACCGCACCCUCGCCAAAAACAAACCCAGACCCUCAAUGAGAAGCACCGUAGUUAAAAGGUCGUAGCUCCAGCCAUUAAACGUCAUAAUAGCCUUCAAAACAAAAAGUCUGCUUUCCCACGAAGCUUGCAUAUGGGCAAAUUAGUGUCAGAUUCUAAGUGCUGGUCUUGUCCUGACGCAGCGUUUUUGUAACAUUGUUCCCAUAUUUCCAGUUAUUUGUUGAAAAAGAAAGGUUGAUUUGGAUGCUGAUAUAUUGUAAAGUAAGUAAGGUAUCGGUCUACGACUUCAGUUAAAGUGAAUUGCCUUUCUGUAGAAGCUGUUGACAUGUACACAGAGGCAAGUUUGUUUGUUUGUGCUUUUUAUAUCAUGUGUUCUCCUAAAGAAAUGUAAUUUAACAAGUACUGUUUAUAUUCAGCGACCAGUUUGUGUUAUCGUAAAUAAAUGACCGUGCUUAACAAAUCAAAUCAAAACAACUGUUACGUUAACUCAUCUCAACCGAAUCUAAGGCUUAACCUUGCAUUUAAAUGACAUAUAUGUAAAAGUCAAUAUUUGCCUGUUUUGGGCCACUUCAUUUACAUGAUGUGGUCGGUAACAUAAAUCAAACUGACAAACAAUUGCAUGCUUGUUUAUUCAUGUACAUUUCAUUAGAAAAUAUUCAAAUGCAUUAUUGUGCAACUAUUACAGGUAUUUCGGAGUGAAUAUCAUUCAGACGUGUUUUAUAUCCUGAAAGAAUAUGUGAUCUGUUUUUUUUUUUUUACCUCUAGUUUGGCAAAUUUCAAGGUUUCCAGGUGCUUCUGACACCUGCGGCAACCACAUUAUUUACAAGUCCAUUUGGAUGUGAUAUUUUCAGCAUGAGCACUUUUGAGAAAAUCUUUUGCAGUGAAAUGAUGCAAACAUAAAAUAAUCCUAUCAGAAAGACAGCUUGCUAGAAGAGAAAUUCGUUCAGUGCGUUCAGCCUCGGCGGUCGUCACAGGCUCUCGUUACUCUUCGUCUGAUUCCUGGAGCAAAGCCUUCUGGGAGCUAGUAUCUGAGGCGGCGGACUUUCUGAGGCCCAUCUCCAUGUCCCCGAGCUUCCUUCCUUCACACCAUUUUGAAGACC